CACGGGGUUUACCUACAGAGGAAAUUGAAAUCAAGUUAGUCGGUUCUUCUAACCUUUACACAGACUAGUCUCUCCUGACACUUUCGUUUGUUCUGACUGUAAUAAGCAUUUGUUGCAUUCUACGUGUUUUUGAUUGUUGUUGCGGGCUGUUUCUUGCCAUUUUAAUAACUUUACAGCGAUCUUCGAGAAUGAUGCAAACUGUAAAAAACGUCCGACACUUGGUGACAUCAACUAAACACGCCGUUUCAGAGCUCACAGUGCCAGUCCCAUGGGGCCAGAUCAGAGGCAAGGUCUGGGGUCCAGACCACGGCCGUCGUGUGGUCUGUCUGCACGGCUGGGCUGACAACUGUGGGACUUUCGACACACUCCUCCCCCUACUACCUCAAGAUUAUAAAUAUGUGGCGUUUGACUUGCCCGGUCAUGGUCAGUCAUCCCAUCGCCCUCCUGGAGUCCCGUACUAUUUUCAAUCAUAUGUGGCUGAUCUCUAUCGACUUGUUAAAGCUCUGCAGUGGGAGAAAUUCUCCAUUAUUGGCCACAGUAUGGGGGGCAACAUAGGUGGAAUGUUCAGUGCACUGUAUCCUGAAAUGGUAGAUGCAUUAGUUCUGCUGGAUUCAUACGGAUUCUUACCUACAGAUGUGAAAGAGAUGCCCGAAGUGAUGAGGCAGGGAAUGGAAGAGCUGCUGAAGUAUGAAAACAGAGAGGAGAGAGUAUACACAAAAGACCAGGCAUUUCAGAGGUUACAAGCUGGAAACCCCACUCUCUCCGAACAGUCAGCCCGCAUCCUUUUAGAAAGAGGCACCAGACAAGUAGAAGGAGGGCUUGUGUUCUCUCGUGACUUCCGGAUUAAUCUGAAGAACAUAAUGCGUUUUAGCACGGAGCAAUGUCUGGAGCUACAGUCCAGGAUAACGACCCGGGUCUUAGUGCUUCUGGCUGAGGAGGGCUUUGAGAAGAGGUUUGCUGAAUCAAACCAAACCAAGUUAAUUUCCACUAUUCUCCAGGGUUACAGGGAGCCCAAUGGAGUUGUGGUGACUCUACCAGGGGAUCAUCACGUCCACCUGAAUCACCCAGAGAGCGUCGCUCCAUCCAUUACUGACUUCCUGCAGAGCAACGGCCCCUCCAACUUAACAAGCUCUGCAGAAGACCCUGAACCAGCCAAGCUAUAAACACACAAACCAGCUAACACUAACGCCAUUCACCACUUCACCGUUCAUGCCUAGUGCCAGAUGUACCCACCGGCCUGCCACAUUCACAUCUUCCCAAACAUUUUCCCAUCCGCACACUUUUUCCAGUUUGGCUAGUCUGGAACUGCUGUGGCCUAGCCACCCAAAGCCCAUAGGACACGCCUGUCGUGCUAUAUUUAUUACAUUUAAGAACUGCAAAAGAGAAGGAUGAUCAUGUGCGGUGACAUUUUGGAAGAGCGUUGGAGCGGCCAGUGACCAGCGGUGCCCGUUUGGGCAGAUGCUUUUGAAGUAGUGUGGCCGUUGCCAGGUGGCUGUGUGCGUUACACGACUUGUUGCCAUAGUAACCAUCCAGCACACAUCUUUACACUGUGACUAACAGCCAUACUGACAAUGAUGUAAUUGUAUUGAUUGAUGUCAACUUAUCAACCCUCUCUGGCAGUUGCUUGAUUUAAUUUCCUUGAACAAAUUUAAACAUUUGGUAUUUUCCAUGCCUUUGGGUGUGACGGAUAAAUUCAUAUUAAUAUAUUUAAUCAAAGAUAUAAGGUUAAUGAUAUGAGUUUACAUUCCACAGGUCAUUAUUUUAAUUGCUUGUGCAGGGGGAAAAAAAUGUAAUCAUCAAGUGACGAUGUAUCGGGACAACAGAAAGCACAUUCAUUUAUUUAUUUUUAAAAAUCCUAUGAUAAUGAA